UCUUCAAGCAGUCAGCAGUAUUCAAGCGCGCACGGUAGAAAAAGCAAGGACUAGGAGCAUCUUUAUUGCAAGUUGUUUUCUUUUCUACUUUUUUGUUAAAAGGAAAAGCAAGUCAAGUCAAGAAGCACUUCCACAGCUUCCCCGCAACUUCCGCAUAAUGCUGCGAAUAUUACGCGUGCAAUAACUCAGCAUUCUUUAAGCAGUCAGUAAUCAUCAUUGUUCAAGCACGCACAGUAGAGAGUGUUGUGUGUUGGUAAUCCAACGUCCAAGGCUCAGGAUCGGGGGAGAUCACAGCAGUGGGUGGGUUGUGUUGUUUGAACACUCCUCAGAUCCAAGUUUGAGUCCUGCGAGACAUUUCUGCUAUUCCCAGAUCUGAGAAUCCAUAUAUCUCCCCUCUGUUUCCUUCUCCAUCAAUCUCUUUUACAAUCCUCUCGAGAUGAAAAGAAAAGAACCCACUCAUUCAGAAUAUCCGAUCCACAAGCCCUCUUCCUCAUCGACUUCUCCACAUGUAAGUGAUUAUGAAGGCGGAACCAAAAGGCCGAAGGGAAAUGAUUACGAAGUGUUCUUGAACUUCAGAGGGGAAGACACUCGCAAAGGCUUCACCGAUUAUCUCUAUACUAGCCUUGUCGAUGCGGGAAUUCAUGUCUUUAGAGAUGACAAUGAGCUCCAUGUUGGUGAGGAGAUUGGUCCAGAGCUUCUUUGCUGUAUUACGAAGUCUAUAAUCUCAAUCCCAAUUAUCUCAGAGAACUACAGUUCAAGCAAAUGGUGCCUUCGCGAGUUGGCUCAUAUGUUGGAGUGCAAGAGAAGCAAAGGGCAAAUAGUGUUGCCCAUAUUUUACAAAGUGGAACCCUCGCAGUUGCGACAUCUCACGGGGAGAUGGGCAGUUGCAAUCAAUGCACAUAAAGGGAAUUUGGGCGAGAUGGUUGUGAAGGAAUGGGAAGAAGCGCUUGAAGAAAUUAGUUCCUUGAAAGGAUGGGAAUCGGAGAAAAUUGAUAACGGGCAUGAAGGAAAAUUGGUUAAAAUUGUUGUCGGAAAAGUUAUGAGUGAGUUAAAAAGACUUUUUAUGCUACAUGUUCCUGAACAAUUGGUGGGAAUUGAUGAUCCCGUGGAAGAAAUUAUGAGCUGGAUAGAUGAUAAAUUCAAUGGUACAAGGAUUAUCGGAAUCCACGGAAUGGGCGGUAUUGGUAAGACAACUCUUGCAAAGGUGUUAUACAACAAACUCUCUAGUCAUUUUGAGUAUCUUAGCUUCAUGGCGAAUAUUCGAGAGACAUCUCAGCGUAAUGGUAUUGAAUGCAUACAAAAGCAGCUCAUUUCUGACAUAAUAAGAAGUUCUUGUGAUGUGUCUAACGUUGAUGUGGGAAUCGGAGUUAUCAAAUCUCGAUUUACAGGUAAGAAAGUCCUUAUUCUUCUCGAUGAUGUUGAUGAUUGUGCUCACUUGAAAGCUUUGGUCGGAGAUGGCAGUUGGUUUGAAACAGGAAGUAUAGUCAUCAUCACAUCUAGAAAUAAGAGUAUUCUUGACAAGGCUAGGGCAACCCACAAGUAUGCACUCAAGGAGUUGCCUUCAAGUCAAUCAUUGAUUUUAUUCAGUAGACAUGCAUUUCGAAAGGAUUCUCCUCUGAGUGAUUACGAAGAUAUCUCUCGUGAUGUCGUACGUACUACCGGGGGGCUUCCUUUAGCUCUUGAAGUUAUAGGCUCAUUCUUAUGUGGAAAGACAAAAGAAGCAUGGAAAGAUACAUUAAAGAAAUUGAAGAAAGUACCCCAUAAGAAAGUGCAAGAGACAUUGAGGAUAAGUUACAACGCAUUAGAUUAUGAGGACCAACAGAUAUUUUUGGAUAUUGCAUGUUUUUUUAUUGGAUCAUUUAAACAAUAUCCGAUUUAUAUGUGGGAAAGCUGCGAUUUUUUCCCGAGGAAAGGGAUUGAAGUAUUGAGUCUUAUGUCCCUAAUUAAAGUUGACAAGCACGGCUAUCUAAGGAUGCAUGAUCAAUUGAGAGAUCUUGGAAGGGAAAUUGUUCGUCUAGAAAAUCCAAAGGAGCCUCAAGAGCGUAGCAGAUUAUGGAUUAAUGAGGAAGCUAUGGAUGUGCUUGAAAGCAACAAGGGCACUAGUAAGAUUGAGGUCAUUCAUCUUGACAAGGGAGGAAGAUACACAGCGGAACAGUUUAAAGAACUGACCAACUUGAGGUUCCUUAAAAUGACCAAUGCGAAGUUCACCGCAAAUUUCCAGAUCGUGCUUCCUCAGUUAAGAUGGCUUGAGUGCCAUGAUUGUUACUUGGACUUAGAAGUGGCCAGCUUUCAUAUGAAGAAAUUAGUCGUGCUCGAUAUGUCGUGGACUCAAAUUUCAGAGAACUGGAGAGGAUGGGAUCCACUCAAGAUGUCAACUGAGCUCAAAGUUCUCAAGCUCUCAUAUUGUCAAUCUUUGAGAAAAACUCCCGACUUGUCCAAUUUCAAAAGCUUGGAGAUUUUGAUCCUUAAAGGAUGUAACAAUCUAGAAGAGAUUCAUCCUUCUAUCGAGGAUAUCAAGACCCUCGUUUCAUUGGAUGUUAGUUGGUGUGAAAAAGUGAAGAAGCUACCGGCACAGGUAGAUAAGAUGGAAGAAUUGAAGGAGCUCUUCUUAAAUGAUACUGCUAUACUAGACAUUCCUAUUCCGAGAGAUUGUUUGAUGAAGUUGGAGAAUGCCUCUUGUGAAGAUCUUGCUCAACUUCCAAAAUCUAUGGACUCGAUUGGAAAGUUGGCAUCAUUGACUAAACUAAACCUAUCUGUAACAGGGAUUGAAGAAUUACCUGAAUUCAUUGGUUCUUUGAGAAUGCUCGAGACUCUUGAUGCCUCUCAUUGUAUGUCGUUAGCCUGCAUACCCAGCUCCAUAGGCUCCCUCGUGUCUCUGGAGUGCUUGUCAUUAGAGGGAUGCCACUCGUUGAGGGAGAUUCCCGACUCGAUCGGAAAGUUGACAUCAUUGACUAAACUAGGCCUAUCUAAAACAGGGAUUGAAGUAUUACCUGAAUCCAUUGGUUCUUUGCGAAUGCUCGAGACUCUUGAUGCCUCUUCUUGUAAAUCGUUAGCCCGCAUACCUAUCUCCAUAGGCUCCCUCGUGUCUCUGCAAAGCUUAUCAUUACCGGGAUGCUACUCGUUGAGGCAGAUUCCUGACUCGAUUGGAAAGUUGGCAUCAUUGACUAAAUUGGACCUAUCUGAAACAGAGAUUGAAGAAUUACCUGAAUCUAUUGCUCCAUAG